CCUUGCCGAUGACCACAUUAUUAUUCUGCUAGUCUUUCCUUCGUAAUAUUCUACUCUGCCUGCGCUAUGCCUAUGAACGCGCUGACUGGCAAGGCCGGGCUCAAGCUGGGACCGCUUGUCCUCGAGACACUUGUGAAGCACUACUUCGAGGGACUCGCGAAGGAUAAGGAGGGGUCGGCCGUCGUGAACUUGAGGAAGGAUGAACUGUUGUACGAUCAGGCGUUUAACAUUGUAAAGGACUUUCUUGAUGCAGCAUCCAAGCACACUGUAGAAGAACUCCAAAGCUUCUCGAACACCCGUACGCCGUCGCCUCCAUGGGUGCGAGUGGUCAGAUUGCUCGUGCCCAUGUCCUGCUGCGAAGAGGCAGCGACGCAGCUUAUCAAAGCCUUGGGCGGAGAGGAGGUCGCGAAGCGCGUCGUUGGCGGUACGAAAUGGUGGCAGGUGCGGGGCGUGAAAGGCGUGAAUUGCGAAUGGAUCGUGGCAAAGAAGGAUUGGCAGGAGGCCAAGAAGCGAUAUAAGGCGCGGGAGAAGGUUCGGCAGGAGAAAUCUAAUGGGAGCCCGAAGGAGAACGGAAAUGAGGUACCUCCGGAGGGUGUGGACGAUCCUGAAGAUGACAACGCUUAUGAUGCGGAGAUGGACGCAAUGCGUUGUAUCCUUUGGUUUCAUGGAGGCGGGUACUACUUUGGCAGUGUGGACCAAGAAAGGUACAGUAUACAGCGCUACGCUCGGAAGAUCAACGGGCGUGUCUUCGCCGUGAAUUACCGUCUGGCCCCGCAGUACCCUUUUCCUUGCGCAUUGCAAGAUGCCCUGGCAGCGUACCUUUACUUGAUCCAGCCACCGGAAGGCGCAGCCCAUUUACCCGUAUUACCCGCGCACAUCGUUGUGGGAGGUGACUCUGCUGGUGGGGGUUUGACCCUUGCUCUGCUCCAAGUAAUCCGCGAUUCUGGGCUUCCAAUGCCUGCUGGAGGCGUGCUUGUCUCACCGUGGUGCGAUAUGACACACUCGUUCCCUAGUAUCCACACAAACACAGAUACGGACGUGAUGCCGAAAUACGGAUUAUCCUUUCACAAGCCCAGCACGCUAUGGCCACCCCCGCCCGAAGACGUCACAAAUCGCGUACAUGAAACUCUCCGUUCGCGAAUUCGUUCCGUCACCAGCUCGCAAAUGUCCCAUGCGACCGGUUCUGGUGCAACGCAAGCGUCCCAAAAGCCGUCUACUUACAACGUGCAAGAUAGCUCUGGCAAGCCUGUCAACGUCGGCUCGACAACUUCAUUGCCGGCCCCCGGUGCAGCAGAGGGCCAGACCAUCAGAAUUAAGACUGAAUCAGGGGAGACCCUUACCAUCGAACAUCAAGUGCAUUUGUACACCACAAAUAAUCUAUUACCACACCCAUUGGUUAGUCCAAUAUUAGGCUAUCUCGGCGGUCUUCCGCCUCUAUUCAUUGUAGCAAGUGACAAAGAAGUCUUGCGAGACGAAAUAAUAUAUGCUGCGCACAAGGCGGCCAAGCCAGAUAAAUACCCUGUCAAGGAAGAGACUAGACGUCUAUACCCUGCCUUGGAGGACAUCGAAAGCUGCUACGGUCCUACUAACGUACAUUUGCAAGUCUAUGAUGAUGCCGCUCAUGUCCUUCCUACGUUGUUCGCAUUCACGACCCCCGCGAAGUACUGCUACCGAGCGAUUGCGACGUUCUGCAAGUAUGCCACUGGCAUCCUGGCAGAUAUGCCUGGAUCUCCCGAGCCCGUCACCCCAAUGACCUUCGCAUCUCAGCAAGACUCGCCGCCGUUGAUGGAGGCUGCAGAGUCGGGCGAAUCCUACAAGCUGACCAGGACCACCUCUCCCCAGCCGAUACCUAACAGCCCUCGACCUCGGAUUCACCGUCCCCAUACCUCGCAUGGGUCGCUAUCAGUCAAGAUUGCUCGCGCAACCAGCGUGAUGCGAAAGAGACCUACGCUCGGGGCGCAGCAUAUUAACGAAGAUGGGAGCCUGGUGGAUGUCCCCAAGUCCGCACCGCCCGAUGACAGAAAGCAUAACGGAUCCGCUGAUGUUGCAGGCCCGCGCUUCUGGGACAGGACAGCGUCGGAUCGCAGUAUGAGGACCGCCAACGUCAGGACCGCAGGUGAUCCGUCAGUAUAUCUGGAUUCUACUCUCUCGUGGGAGAACAAUAUGAUUCGCGAGCGUGUCUCAACGCAAGGUGUGAUCCGACCUCUAGAGCCGGAGCAAGACCUUCCGGCAUUACAGGUACCCCUUGAAGUCAUUGGUAACAUCAACGAGCUCGCUGCUCGCAGGUACCUUGACGGCUGGCGCUAUUUCGACGAGAAGUUCGGUCAUACGAAGAAGACUAUUGCCAAGCACCGGCGGCGCAACCUUGAACGGGCGAAGAAAGAUACUCUCAGGAAUCUCACACAAAUCCAGAUGUACUUCGGCCAAGAGGAGGAGGACCUAGAGGUCAAUGGGAAGUCCGGGAGAUCACCGAGUAAACACAAGAGCAAGAGUGUAGAGAGGAAGGGUAUCAAAGAAGGUCUCAUGGCUGCAUCCGGGAGCUGGAGCUGGGCGUGGGCUCUGGACGGAGACGAGCAUCCGCCGCCAAGUAGUAUUGUGUCGAGGAGGGACACGGAGGAGGCAAGACAGUUAGCCAAGAUUGCAGAUCAGAGCGUGCUGCCCGAGGAGAGGUCGAUGAGCGGGAACAAUCUGUGGACAGUCAUUGUCAACUUCCUAACUGUCACGCCGGAUAGAGACACAGGGAAGGGCAAGGAGAAGGCUGAAGAU